AUGGAGCCAGCGAAUGAGGACAUUGGCUCCGUGCCUCCGCACCAACCUCGCCCUUCUUCACCUACCCAAUCCUCGACUCCUCCCCCGGACAUCAUAAACAAUGGUACUAUAGCUGCAACCCUUUCGGACGGGGUCGCUGUGAGCAAUGGUUCGGUCCUUCCUCGGGCACAGGACCUCUCGAACAGGGACCGUCCUGUGUCCGGCAAAGAUCCGCCGUAUUGGAGCCACCAUAGAAACGCAUCCAGAGCUUCACACCUCUCUAUUGACCAGGCGCCAGGCAUUACACUUGAGGACCAUACAGAGGAUCCGGACUGUGAGACUAGUCGUGGGUUAUGGGCGAAAAGUGUUGUUGUCGAUGAUCAUGUCGUCGUCCAAGGCAAGACUGGUAUCGGAUCCUAUGUUGUGUGGAAUUGCAGGAUACAAACACUAGAUGGUGGUCCCAUCACCGUCCGUUUAAGGUACUCGGAAUUCGACGACUUGCGACAACGAUUGGUGGCAUCCUUCCCACAUGCGAAGAAUGCCCUGCCUCCUCUUCCUCCCAAAAGCGUCAUAUUCAAAUUUCGCGCUUCAUUUCUUGAAUCCCGCAGGGUUGGUUUGGAAUAUUUCUUGAACUGUGUCCUCUUGAACCCUGAAUUUUCCACUACACCUAUCUUAUAUAACGGACUCGACGAUGUUACGCCUGCCUCGGAUAAUAAUUGCAUUGGAGUGAUCAGUGAAGUAGUGACAACCAACCCUGCAAAUUUUACCACAUUCAUGUGGAAGGUAGCAGAUGCAUCUUCACCUGCAGUUGAGGAGCUCUUCCUGCUCGCCUACACUCAAAUAUAUGGUCAAAGCUCUGAGAGGCUUAGAGACUGCUAA